UCCGGCGUCUGACUCCUCAACAAAGCUAGAACUACACUUCGUAUUUUACCAACGGAUAUUAAAGAAAACGAGACAAACUACAACACAGUGUCCUGCAUACAUUUGCCGAGAGAAAAUACAUUUGUUAACGAAUAAUUGAAAUAAAUCCUCGUGCGUCACCAAACAGGAUAAAUAUCAGCGCUCAGGGGGGCGUUCAGCUCAGAGCAACGUAUUGCUUACUUAUUUCAUUUUUUUUAACAAAACCAAAAUGAAAACCAAAUUCAUCAACGGGGUUUCUUCUUCCCCCUCCAUGUCACUGGGUCUGCUGGUGACCGAAAACGCCCUGCAGGUCCAGCCCGACACCGAGGAGGAUUGUAAGGAGCUGGUCUGCCUCGACCACCCCGACCUGGACACCCGGCGCAAGGCUUAUCUGUGGUGCAGAGAGUUCCUCCACGGAGCCUGGAAAAGCCUGUCUGAGGACGACUUCAGCAUCACCAUCAUUAGGGGUGGCCUGAGCAACAAGCUCUUCCUGUGCAGCCUCCCUGACAGCCUGGACACUGUUGGGGACGAGCCAAGGAGCAUCCUGCUGCGCCUCUAUGGGGCCAUCCUGCAGAUGUCCUGUAAUAAAGGGGAUUCCCGACAGUCAAACAAAGAAAAUCACUUCCAAGGGGCAGAGGCCAUGGUGUUGGAGAGUGUGAUGUUUGCCAUCUUGGCCGAGAGAGAGCUGGGACCUAAACUCUACGGUAUCUUCCCUCAGGGCCGACUGGAGCAGUACGUUCCUAGCCGUAAACUGGACACCUGUGAGUUGAGCGACCCCGUUAUCUCAGCAGAGGUUGCAGAGAAGAUGGCCAGGUUUCAUGGAAUGAGGAUGCCCUUCAACAAGGAACCCAAGUGGCUGUUUGGAACCAUGGACAAGUACUUGAGUCAAGUCAUGAGGCUGAACUUCACCAGAGAGUCCCACCUGCGCCGCUUUAACCGCCUGCUCAGCUACAACCUCCCACAGGAGAUGGAUAUGCUUAAGUCUCUGCUGGAGUCCACCCACUCUCCUGUAGUGUUCUGCCACAACGACUGUCAAGAAGGAAACAUCCUGCUGCUGAAGGGUCGCCAGAGCUCUGACAAACCGAAGCUGAUGCUCAUUGACUUCGAGUACAGCAGCUACAAUUACAGGGGGUUUGAUAUUGGCAACCAUUUCUGUGAGUGGAUGUAUGACUACAACUGCGACGAGUUUCCUUUCUUCAAAGUCAGUGCUCAGGCCUACCCUUCAAAGGCCCAGCAGCUCCUCUUCAUCGAAAGCUACCUGUGUGAGUCUGAUCCAGGGUUUAACAACCUGAGUGAAGAAGAUCAAAUGAAAGUGAAGGAGGAGCUAUAUGUGGAGGUCAACAGGUUCUCCCUGGCAUCCCACUUCUUUUGGGGCUUGUGGUCCAUCAUCCAGGCCCGGCUGUCCACCAUUAAGUUUGGAUACCUGGAGUACGCCCUGGCCAGAUUUGAUGCCUACUUCCAGCAGAAGAAGAUCUGGGCUGUCUAAUGUGGCGAGAUGAUUAGAUGGAUUGACAGCACGUUCAGCAAAAUGGCAGGAGGAAGUCAUAAAAGCUGACGAAGACUCCACGAUCCAUGCUUUACUUAUACUCCCUGCCUAGAGAGGAUUUGCUGGCUACUGUUGGUGUUGUGUUGCUCAAAGCCAAAACUUGAUCAUGUGGCUAGGUGCUUAAAGUACACAGUCCAUUGCAUCUCAGAGUUUACACUGCGUAACUGCCUGAGAGACAAAAACAUCUCUUUGUACUAACCUUCAUCACUGGUCAGAACUGCUCUCUGCUUCUGCCUUAUUCAAACUAUAUCACUAACACAAGGGGUACGUUUUGAGCAGGAGAGGGGUGGACUUCAGUUUCAGCUAGAUUGGAAAUGUUAACAUUGCAUCAAUGUUUAUAUAUUGAUCAUUCCCUUAUGGAAGUGCUCUGUUGGAAAAUGAACUUCUCUUGUCAGAUGCCUGCUUACAAAAGCAACCUGUUGCUAACUAUGUAUAUUAUAUAUAGAUCUCAUUGACUGCGUUUACAUACACAUGACUUAUCCAUAAUUAUUAAGACUAUGACAGUAUUCGCAAAUUUGAUUUGGGUCACGUAAACAGCAGAUUCGGUGUGGAUAUUCCGGAUUAGGCCUAAUUCAGAAUGUAGCAUUUUCUGAUUAAGACGUGGGAUAUUAUUUGGGUUUCAGGAGCAUUCUUUGGACUUGUACACAGCACUUUUGGAAUAUGCAUCUCACUUGGGACUUGCUUUGUUUGUUGUAAAUGACCCAACAAGCCAGUAGUUUGCAAGACUGUAUAUAUUGCAAUGCCCACCUUUUCAAGAAUGUUGUUGAAUGAAUGACAGUGGAGGCUGCGUUCGCAAACACGCCCGACCGCUGGAAAACUUUUUUUUAUAUUUUGGCUCAAAAAAGCAACGUAAGGACAACAGGACUUUCGGCAUUAUAUUAAACUAAGCAUAUACAGCUGCAUCUAAACAGAAAUAAUAGUGGAGCAACCAUUUUCCUCAGCCAUGUAAGCAUCCUACAAUAAUGGCAAAAAAAAAAUUUUGUGCAUGUACCGUAAACGUAGUCAAUGUGCCGGCGCCCUGUCCCUACUGUAUCUGUUACUGAUGGGAUGACUUGCUGGCUGGUCGAAUCAUGAGUUGAUCUACAGGUCAGGUUGAUGUCUACACUUACGGAUAUUUAACACUUGCUUUUUUGAAUGGUUUUAUUUGACCUUUUCCUCAGGCCAGGGUAGAUACAGUUAUGUUGUAUUUUUAAGUAUGUGGACAGUUGAGGUUCCUUUUUCUGGACAGCUGCUUAAACUCCACCAAAUCAAAAUCAAAGACAUCAUACUUAAGGUAUAUCCAUUACAAUUUGGCCUGGUUCUUUGUGGCUGCCUGACUAAUAACGUAGCUAACCUUAUCAGCUGUGACUUUUCGCAAACUGUUGGAAUUUUAUUGGCAGAAGGUUGGUGGAUUUAUGGUAUUAUUAUGGAUCACCAUGACAAUAGAUUCACAUCUCUUUGUCAUUUGCAUGUUGGGUAUUAAUAUUUGGACUGUCUGAUUGAGUCAAAAAAAAACCUUCCAACCAUGCUUUAUAAGCCUGGGGAAUCGUUGCUAAGUGUCUCUAUCGGACACUAGGGAUCUAACUGACAAUAUUUUUGUUUUUUUACUUAUGUAUAUCAUCACUGCAUUAAGGAAAACGUCACACAGUAUUCAUAGCAAUGUUUCCUUAUUGUGGUAAUGGAUUCUUUGGUGAUGUCACUGGUUUUUUGGUGGAAGUGCCUACUGCCAAAUUGCCUCAUCAGUGUAUCCGUAAUCCAGAAUAAUGACAGAGGCGGUCACAUCAUACUGCACAGCACAGAUUAUGUAAAUUGUAGCUAAACAGUAACUCUUCUAAAGGGGCAUUUAGUAAAAUAUGGCAUUUACUGAAUCUAUCAGUGGCUCAUAUUAUGGCCUUUGUCUGCUCUAGCAUGGUGAAAGUCUUACAUAAUGUACAUUUAACAAAAUAAUUCAGCACUGGAUUGGUGAAGCACUGUGCCCUGUGUGUGCAGGCUUACCUCAUAGGUUCUCCUUUAAGGCUUUCUGCUGUGCAGGGUAUUGUUUAAAAUGAAAGAGUUGCAUUACUAAUUCGUCCUGGUGUCUCUCGUCCAAACAUCCAGAGACCAGCUCAAUUCUACCUCAUCCCAUCAAGUCAUUGUAACUGCACCAAAUCACCUUUACAUAGGCAACUGUAACACUGACAGCAAAGCUUUGCGUCGCAGAAAUGUUCUCAAUACACUUUUUCACAUUUCCCAUAUGGAAGGGCGCAGUACUGUGUCAAGAAGAACAGACCUUUCACUAAGCCCAUCUCCUCACUCAGUUGUUCCUGUCAAGCUUUUGAAUCUUGCGCAACACGUAUGCAGUUUUCAGUGAAAACAUGGCCGAUUUGUCACUUGAAAUCCUUUUUUCAUUUUUCUGCCUUGUGGAAACAAUGGACCCUUGAUGUCAGACAGUGGUAGACAAAAGCAGCCUUCUCAUUUCUAGUCAGUGUUUAUCGAUUUUGUCCCUGGCAGAUUUUAUCAGCUGUAGCUAGCUAGCUAAUUAAGCUUACGUAAGCGCCACGAGUUCAUUGAAGUUGUCUGUGUCUGGCUGCUGAAUAAUUUAAUGUUACCAGCUAACUAAUUUUAAUACACCUUAAAUAUGAACGUGAUGGCUACAGACAUGCUGUCAUACCAAAAUGUGGCUAAAGAUACAUGUCCCUGGUCAGGAUCCUCACCAGUUAAUGAUCCAUGUAUGAGAUUAUAAGUAGAGCUAGUUAGCCCUACUAUUGUAACAUUGUAUAGUUACCUUUAUUGGCUGCUUAGCUGACAUGUUUGUUCAUAUUUUCAAACAAUAUGUUUUAACUUUUACAAAAGAAAAAUCUUUUGUUUGGCAGAAAUAACGCCUCAUUGGGUAAUGUUGCUGAAUUUGAAAUGUAAAACUCCCCAAAUCCAACAGGACAGAGCUGCUAAUGUUAGCCUAGCAUCCAAGACCAGCUUCCACCCAGUAGUGAAGUACGACACAGUGGAUGUGCUAGUUGUGAACGAAGAAUUUCUUAAUUUAAUCCCACAAAUGAAUGUGUCAGCUAACGAUAUCUCUUUUGCCUUGGAAGUAAGGCUCAGUUACCACGUAAAUUUCGUACUAAGGUAGUUAGCUGGACAUGCUAGCAAUUUGUGUUUGCAUUAGAGCAGACCAACAGUGUUAAAUGCAUUCUAUACACUUCUGCUCUUGUGUUUCUGUUUUUGGAAUGACUAAAAGAAACAGCAUCAUACUCCAGACCCUUUAAAUAGUGAGUGUCUUUCUUACUACAACCCCAUGCACAAUGUGGAGAAAAUCCAAAGCUUGAUGGGCCUGCUAUGUCAUGUUACAGUUGUUGAGCCAUGUUUGGACAAUUACUGUCCGGGAUAGGGGCUUAGCGAAGGUCAAAAGCUAAAGAUCUGCUGUAGGUAGUACACAAUACUGCUUCGAUACACUAUUUAAUCCAUGUUUGCCACAAAGUGUGUAAUUUAUAGUUUCUGCGGAAGUACACACAAAAAAAUGCAGCUUAAAAACACAUUGCACUGUAUUGUGUAACUCCUGCUACAAAUGAAAGCUGUGCAACCACCACAAAGGCUGACAUGCAUAUCCAUGUUCCUUCCUGUUAUGUUGUAGCCGAAUUAUACAUCCUUGUUUACCUGUGAGCCACUGGGAUUUAGCUUAGAAACCACCAAAAUGAAUAUGUGACUCUUGUGUACCAAUGUGUACUAGCCACCUGAUACUGGUACACGAACCAAAAGGUGUUUGAAUGUCUGCUGUGGCACUUUUGAUAUGAGGACUGAGAGAAUACCCACAAUAUAUAUGUACUUGAGUAUUUUCAUGUUUAAACAUUUGGGGGUUGUUGAACUGUGACUCUUUAAGUUGUUGAAAUGUUAGUUUUAUUUUACAUGCAAGUGUAUUUUAUUGUAUAUUUCAUUGUCAUAUUAUCCUUUGGAACGUGCUUAUUGUAUAGUUUUUCAUUUAUUUUGAGAUACAAUGGAUGUAGGCUUGCACCACCAGAAUGUGCAGUGGAUUAUACUGGACGACUAUUCAGAUAUGAAGUGUUAACUAGUGUCUCUCACGAGGCAAUAGUCCUUACUUUAGCUGUUAGCUGUUACUACUUCGGUGGCUUUCUUCUACCAAACCUGAAUUUGUAUUAAUUUUGUUUUCUUUUAUUUUUGAAAUGUAUCAUCUUUCCUGACCUUUUACGACGUGCUAUUUCUAUCUUAAUUUUCUUGUCCUUUUCCAUGAUUUUUUUAUAUUUGUUAUAGAAAAAAUGGAAAACGUGAUCUGUAAUUAUAGUACAUUCCAUAAUUGUUACUUCACCUUUAGCAUUAAAUAUACUUUGGACCAAAAUAAGUACAAUUUUGAUCUAAUUGGUUCUUUGGAUAAAAUUGUAAUUUGUCCCCAGUAGAGAACAAACACCUUCACUUCUGUUUAUAUUGUAAUUUAAUGUAUGUAAUAUUCACUUACAGAAAUAUGAAGGGCCAUGCUAAAAAUCAUCCAAAUAUAAAGAAGGAAAUUCUUGAGAACACAAUCUGUUCUUGAUAGCACUCAAUACUACACUAUUGUGUGAGUCAAAGUGAUAACCCCUGCUAUCUAUGCAGCUAUACUAAAUGCAUAUGUACUCAAAUAAACAUACUUGGUAAUUUAAAAGGUUUAGGGUGAACUGCUACAGCAUAGAAAUGAUCUUAGUUGUAAAUUUACUGCUUUGCACAAAUAAAGAUG